AUGAAAGUUCUCUUAGUUUGUGCCUUGUUUGUGGCCUGUGCCAAUGCCGGCCUUGUCUCUUCGAUUAGAGAUCGGAUUAUGCCCAGCUUUGCCACUGGUCGCAUCAUCAAGGGUCAAGAUGCCGUACCCCACUCUGCUCCUUACAUUGUCUCCUUGAGCAAGACCUCCAAACACUCCCACAUCUGUGGCGGUAGUUUGAUCAACAAAAACUGGAUUUUGACUGCUGCUCACUGCAUUAGCAAUCCCGUCGGUAUGGGUGUUGUUGCCGGCCUUCACGAACAAAAAUCUUUGGACUCAAAGACCCAAUCCCGUGUGGUCGACUAUGGUAAGGUACAUGAAUUGUAUGGUGGCAGUGUUGGACCCUAUGAUAUAGCCAUCUUGCACGUUUCCGAACCCUUCGAAUUCAACGAAUGGGUGAAACCAAUUGCCUUGCCUGCUCCCGAAGAAAUUCCCGCCGGUGAAACCCAUUUGUAUGGCUGGGGCCAACCUAAAGCCUUCUCGUUCGCUGCUGCCAACACUUUGCAGACCGUCACUACCCAAAUUGUUGAAUUCAACCAAUGCAAGAGUGUAUUGCCCGCUGAUGCUCCUUUGGCUGAGAGCAACGUUUGUUCCGACUCCUUGCAACAAAGCAUUUCUGCUUGCAAUGGUGAUUCUGGCGGUCCAUUGGUUAAGGAAUUCGCUGAAGGUAGUGCUGAAUUGAUUGGCAUCGUUUCCUGGGGUUACAUUCCAUGCGGUAUGGCCAAUUUGCCUUCGAUCUACACUCGUGUCUCAUCUUACAUCGAAUGGAUUAACCAGGCUCAAACUAACUUCUAUUUGGCUUAAA